AUGGAGGCGAUGAUCUACGAUCUGGUGGAGUAUGUGGUUGAGUUCUUCACAAAACCCUCGAUAACCGAAACAUUUGUCGACAUUUUGCUCUGCGCAGUCCCGAUAUGGUUGGCUGUCAUGAUAGGCUUGGUGAUCGGGUGGUCAUGGAGGCCCAGGUGGACGGGCCUCCUCUUCCUUGGGCUUCGGAGCAAGGUCCGGUUCCUCUGGACCGCGCCGCCGGGCUUUGGCGCUCGCCGGCUCUGGCUUGCUUUCACGGCGCUCUCCGCUUUCUCCAUUUGCCGUACGAUUUGGUCCAAUUUCAAGAGUAAAGGCAAACUUGCCCCGUCUUCGGCUCCGGACUCGGCGGCUUCGGCUUCCCUAGCCGCGCCGAAGCUUUCGGCCGACGGCACUGACAUUGUUGGAUCCAUCACUAGAGGUGCCGAGAGAGUCCAGGAUGUUGUCACAGAAACUGAUUUGGAGCACCUAGUGAAUUUAAUUGGAGGGAGAGAUGGAGAGAUGGAAUGGCAAAGUUUGAUGGAGAGAUCCACCCCGAGCAUGGCAUACAAAGCAUGGCGUCAUGAUCCUGAGACGGGCCCCACUGUAUACUGUAGUAGAACUGUCUUUGAGGAUGCAACUCACGAGUUGGUCAGAGAUUUCUUCUGGGAUGAUGAGUUUCGACCUAAAUGGGAUCCAAUGCUUACAUAUUGUAAGAUAUUGGAGGAAUGCCCUCAGACUGGAACUAUGAUUGUUCACUGGAUUAAAAAGUUCCCUUUUUUCUGCAGUGAUCGGGAAUAUUUAAUUGGUCGAAGAAUAUGGGAGGCUGGAAAAACUUAUUAUUGUGUGACAAAGGGUGUUCCGUAUCCAGGUUUGCCUAAGCGUGACAAGCCCAGACGUGUGGAACAUUAUUUCUCUAGUUGGAUUAUCAAGGCUGUUGAGUCUCGGAAGGGGGAUGGACAGUUAUCUGCAUGCGAGGUUACCCUCGUACACUAUGAAGACAUGGGGAUCCCAAAAGAUGUGGCAAAGUUGGGUGUCCGUCAUGGGAUGUGGUGCACUGUCAAGAAAUUACACUCGGGUAUGAGAGCAUACCAGAAUGCGAGGAAAUCAGAGGCAUCUCCAUCUAAAUGUGCCCUGAUGGCUAGAAUCACCACUAAGGUAUCCUCUGAUGGAAGCAUGAAUUAUUUGGAGCCAGCAUCUGGUGAAGAAGAAAAAGGUCAAACCAUAAAAAAUACAAGACAAAAUGACAAUGGCAUUGAUUGGAAAUGGAUAGUUAUAGGUGGAACUGUGGCUCUGGUAUGCGGACUUCACACAGGUGCGAUUGGGAAAGGAUUGUUACUUGGAGCGGGGCAGAGAUUUGCCCGAAGGAGAUGA